UUCUUAAUCUAUUCAGUCAAAAGUAGUGAGUUACGACCGCCAGAUAAUUGUGUAGUUGUUUUCGUGCGACUGCGCUGGCCGACGGGCUUGGCAUCCGACAAAAGGAUCAGCAGUCUACACCUAAAGCUUUCGUCGGCCUCCAAAGAAUGUAUGUUCCAUAUGUUCUGUGCAGAGAUGCGAUUUCGACAACCGUACGGCUGGCCUUCUCCUGCAUCGCUUUCCACGCUGAAAGCUCGAAACGCCCAUCAAGCCGAAUGGCGGGGCAUUUGAAUAUAUAGCUCCAAAGGAAGAACAACAAAACAAAUUUCGCGCCUUCGAGAACAAAAUGACGUCACUUCUGCUUUUAACGGACAUGGCGUCACUUUAUUUUUUCUUCCGCCGGAAGUGUUCCCACCACAUACAGAUGGCGCUAAGCCCCAUGAACCGGCGAUGGACCGCCAUGUUUUGAACGUAUGGGCUCCUAUGGAAGCUUCGCUACCAGGUACAUUUACCUUGACACAACAGCUGAGAACCAGCUGAGCGGUUGAGCUAGCUCUCUCUUCAUCUGUUUGAGGAAAAGUUUUUUUUGACAGCCCAAGAGUAGAACAGGGACACUCUGCUAACAAUACGAAGCGCACUAUUCGCGCCCCAUCUGGACAAUUUGGAUUUUGUGCGACGCCAAGACAACCUGAUUGAUUUCCGGUGCUUCACACCUAGAAAAUAUCUGCUCGCACUGACGAUCCGAGUGUCGGAUACCUGCUGGUAGUGUUAGACUUGAAUGUGCGUGAUGAUCAGUGUCGCGUAAACUAAAAUUUCUGCGAUGACGUCUGUGUUGUGCCAACUCAGUGGUUUAUGAUCGCAACGGCGUUUAACAUCGGUGCUUGUAGAUCGUUGAUACGUUCAUCAUCGCAGGUAGCAUUCGCCCUAUGUUCAACGAUGUCGACAUUCGAGACGUUGAAGUUUGAUAACUUGGCCCUGAGAACGCUGCCCAUAGACAAGGAAACGCGCAACUACGUUCGUACUGUCAGUGGCGCAGUGUUCUCGCGGGUGUCGCCCACUCCUCUCGAUUCGCCAGAGCUGGUUGUCGUCUCCGAAGACGCAAUGAUGCUGCUGGACCUCCCGCCACCCGAGUUCGAAAGGAAAGAUGCGGCAGAAUAUUUCUCUGGCAACAAGCUCCUACCAGGCUCGGAAACGGCGGCGCACUGCUACUGUGGACAUCAGUUCGGCUACUUUGCAGGGCAGCUCGGCGAUGGUGCGGCAAUGUACCUAGGUGAGGUCAUCAACCGCAAGGGUGAACGCUGGGAAAUUCAGCUGAAAGGGGCUGGUUUGACACCCUACUCCAGGUCCGCAGAUGGGAGGAAAGUACUGCGCUCAUCGCUUCGAGAAUUUUUAUGUAGCGAGGCCAUGCACUACCUUGGCGUUCCCACUACAAGGGCAGGGACAUGCGUCACAUCCUCUACGACUGUGUCACGUGACAUGUUCUAUGAUGGACAUCCCAAAGAUGAGAAAUGCUCAGUCAUUCUGCGAAUUGCCCCAACGUUUCUAAGGUUUGGGUCUUUUGAAAUAUUCAAGACCUUGGACAGCUUCACUGGAAGGGUUGGGCCUAGCGUAGGCCGCAAGGACAUCUUGCUUAAGCUCCUCAAUUAUGCCAUCGAGACAUUCUUUCCAGAGAUUUACCAUAGUUGUGGUGAUGACAGGGAACAAAUGUACAUAGAAUUUUUCAAGGAUGUUGUCAAGAAGACAGCACGACUCGUCGCAAAGUGGCAGUGUGUAGGCUUUUGCCACGGGGUGCUUAACACUGACAACAUGAGCAUACUUGGACUUACUAUUGACUACGGUCCGUUCGGGUUUAUGGAGCGGUUUGACCCCGACCACAUCUGUAACACUUCAGAUGAUGGAGGUCGAUAUACGUACAUCAAACAGCCCGAAAUCUGCCUGUGGAACUUGAGGAAGUUUGCAGAAGCCAUACAGCCGGCUGUUUCACUCUCAAAGACAUUACCGGGCCUGGAACUGUAUGCUUCAGAAUACGAGGCAUGCUUCCUAGGUGGAAUGAGAAAGAAGCUUGGCUUGCUCAAGAAGGAACUUCUGGAGGACAAGGGCCUUGUCACAUAUUUUUACGACACCAUGGAGAGGACAGGUGCCGAUUUCACAAGGUCCUUCAGAUGUCUGAGCGUGCUUGCAGUUCCUGGGCAUCCCGAACAUGAGCCCAGUAAGGAGAGCCUUCUGUCAAAGCUUCUGUCAUGCUGCAGUAGCCACGCUGAACUCACUUCUCACCUAAAGACUCAGACAAGCUCUCGGGACUUCCAGCUGUUCCUUAUACUCUCCCAGAGCAAUCCAGAAUUGCUAGAGCAACUUGGAAAGGGUGCCCUGGCAAAAGAAAGAAUUGUCGCACAGAUUGAAAAGGCCAAAGAACUCGAGGAAAUGAGUGCAGAAGACUUUAAAGCCCGAAACAAGAAGCUGUGGAUAGACUGGAUAGAUGAAUACUGCAAGAGGCUGACGACAGAUGUGGAAGGAGUGGAAGACUUGCAAGCCCUGCAGGACGAGAGAGUGCGCGUCAUGAACGGCAAUAACCCAAGGUUUAUUCUCAGGAAUUACAUUGCGCAACAAGCUAUUGAUGCAGCGGAGAAGGGAGACUACAGUGAAGCACGAAAAGUGCUGAAGAUUUUGCAGCACCCAUUCUCCGAUGAUCCUUUGGAGCUGAAAGGAAAGCAAGCUUGCCCGGCUGUGUUUGAUGAAGGAUUCUACGAAGGAAGAUAUGCAUUGAGCGCAGCUGCACUGAGAGUCUCCUGCUCAUCUUAACAGAUGGUCUGGCCAUCUUGAGCUGACAAGUGCAGUGCAUACAAUGCACGCCAACGAUUGUGUCUGCAAAGUAUUGCACUACUACGAGACACAAAAACAGCUGAAAUUUCAAAUAAAACAUGCACCCUUCUUCUCACGGGCGCCGUGCUCCCAGUCGGAGAGUCGACGUCGUUCUAACAAGUGCGCCAACAUAAUUCACAGUGCUGCGAUGUCACUCACAGUGACGUGCGACUUUGAGAAUAAUUCAAGGCAACAGCAGUUAGUAUUUGCUUGCUUCAAUAGACAAAUUAAAGUUUAAAAAAAUAAUGAAACAUACAAACCAAAUGAAUUAGUGUCCUUGUUUUACUUUGUACUGUAGCAAGAGAGAUGUACUCUGCUUUGGUUAUUUCUGCCUCUACUAAUAACAAACCAAUUUGAAAAAUUCUUGCAGUAGAACGCUCCUUAGGGGGCACGUAACAAUUUCCAGCAUAUCACCAAAAUUUCCUAUGUGGCCUGUUGAGGGGCCCUUAAAUUCCUGGAGGUAUGUUGUAGAAAGCAAAAAAGUGUGGAUGUGGGAAGUUAUUGGUGAAGAAAACAGUGGAGGGAAGCCUAGUUUCAGUGGGAACAGCCAGCAAGGCGACGGCGCUUCUUAUAGCACAUGCAAUCCUCAUUCUUGUUGCAUGUAGGAUGCAAAGGUCAAGUGUAGUUUCAGGCUUGGCAGGCAGCACCACAGAAGCUACCCAAAUUCUCGUGGCUCCACUGCCAUGCCAUUAUUUGUAAUUCACAGCUGUUGUAACUAUCUCUUCUAGGUCGUUCUCGUCUUUGUCGCUAUACCUUCACUGUCAAGAGUCACUAGCGAGCUCCAAAGCAUAUUGUCAGAGUCCAUCACUCAGCUCCACCAACUCCGCAAUUUAGCUGUCUGUCAAAGCUUUUGGCCUCUUCACCUCGUCAAAGCUUUACGCCUCUUUGAAGUUCAGUACAAAUCGCGCCAAUAUUGACAGUUCCUGCGGCAAGGAAAUCUUGUGUCUGUAGACAUGCUCCUCGCUUUGUUGUCUACAUAAGCAAAGUGCUGCCACAUGGAAAACAAACAUAUUACCACCACCCAUUACUUUUUUGAUUGCUUAAGGUGAAUAUCUCCCUGCCUAGUAACAUGGUUCUUGCAUGUCACUACUACAGACUUUUUGGUACUAUUGGGCUGUGCUGAUAUGUUCUCACUU